CUAACGAUCUAAGGAUCCAUCGACCUAGUAAUCUAACGCUCUAACGAUCCGUCGAUCUAGCGAUCUAACGAAGUGGCGAUCUAACGAUCUAACGAUCUAGCGAUCUAACGAUCCAACAAUCUACCGAUCCAACGAUCUAGUGAUCUAACGAUAUAGCGAUCUAAAGAUCCAUUAAUCUAGCGAUCUAACGAUCUAGCGAUCUAGCGAUCUGACGAUCUAACGAUCUAGCGAUCUAACAAUCUAGCGAUCCAUGGAUCUAGCGAUAUAACGAUCUAGCCAUCUAACGAUCAAUCAGUCCAUCGAUCCACCGAUCUAACCAUCUAAGAUUCCAUUGAAGUAGCGAUCUAACGAUCUAACGAUCCAUCGAUCUAGGGAUCUAACGAUGGAGCGAUCUAACGAUCCAAGGAUCUAGCGAUGUAACGAUAUACCGAUCUAAAGAUCUAACGAUCCAUCGAUCUCGCGAUCUAACGAUCUAACGAUCUAGUCAUCUAACAAUCUAGCGAUCCAUCGAUCUAGGGAUAUAACGAUCUAGCGAUCUAACGAUCAAUUAGUCCAUCGAUCCAGCGAUCUAUCGAUCUAGCCAUCUAACGAUCUAACGAUCCAUCGAGCUAGGGAUCUAACGAGGUGGCGAUCUAACGAUGUAGCAAUCUAACGAUCUAGCGAUCUAACGAUCUAGCGAUCUAAAAAUCUAGCGAUCCAUCGAUCCAGCGAUCUAACGACCAAGCGAUCUAACGAUCUAAAGAUCUAACGAUCUAAGGAUCCAUCGACCUUGCGAUCUAACGAUCUAACGAUCCAUCGAUCUAGGGAUCUAACGAGGUGGCGAUCUAACGAUCUAACGAUCUACCAAUCUAACGAUCCAACGAUCCAUUGAUGUAGCGAUAUAACGAUCUAGCGAUCUAACGAUCAAUCAGUCCAUCGAUGUAGCGAUCUAACGAUCUAAGGAUCCACCGACCUAGCGAUCUAACGCUCUAACGAUCCAUCGAUCUAAGGAUCUAAGGAAGUGGCGAUCUAACGAUCUAACGAUCUAGCGAUCUAACGAUUAAACGAUCCAACGAUCCAACGAUCUAGCGAUGUAACGAUAUAGCAAUCUAAGGAUCUAACGAUCUAACGAUCAAUCAGUCCAUCGAUCCAGGGAUCUAACGAUCUAAGGAUCCAUCGACCUAGCGAUCUAACGAUCCAACUAUCUAGCGAUGUAACGAUAUAUUAAGCUAACGACCUAACGAUCUAACAAUCAAUCGGUCCAUUGAUCCAGCGAUCUAACGAUCUAAGGAUCCAUCGACCUAGCGAUCCAUCGACCUAGCGAUCUAACCAUCCAUAUAGGGAUCUAACCAGGUGGCGAUCUAACGAUCUACCGAUCUAACGAUCUAACGAUACAUCGAUCUAGCGAUCUAACGAUCUAACGAUCCAUCGAUCUAGCAAUCUAACGGUCUAGCGAUCCAACGAUCUACCGAUCCAACGAUCUAGUGAUCUAACGAUAUAGCGAUCUAACGAUCCAUUGAUCUAGGGAUCUAACGAUCUACCGAUCUAGCGAUCUAACGAUCUAACGAUCUAGCGAUCUAACAAUCUAGCGAUCCAUGGAUCUAGCGAUAUAACGAUCUAAGAUUCCAUCGAAGUAGCGAUCUAACGGUCUAACGAUCCAUCGCUCUGGGGAUCUAACGAGGGAGCGAUCUAACGAUCUAACGAUCUAAAGAUCUAACGAUCUAAGAUUCUAUCGAAGUAGCGAUCUAACGGUCUAACGAUCCAUCGAUCUAGGGAUCUAACGAGGGAGCGAUCUAACGAUCUAGCGAUUUAACGAUCUAACGAUCCAUCGAUCUAGCGAUCUAACGAUCUACCGAUCUAACGAUCUAACGAUCUAACGAUCUAACGAUUCAACGAUCUAGCGAUGUAACGAUAUAGGGAUCUAAAGAUCUAACGAUCCAUCGAUCUAGCGAUCUAACGAUCUAGUCAUCUAACAAUCUAGCGAUCCAUCGAUCUAGCGAUAUAACGAUCUAGCGAUCUAACGAUUAAUUAGUCCAUCGAUCCAGCGAUCUAACGAUCCAUCGAUCUAGCGAUCUAACAAGGUUGCGUUCUAACGAUCUAGUCAUCUAAGAAUCUAGCGAUCCAUCGAUCUAGGGAUAUAACGAUCUAGCGAUCUAACGAUCAAUUAGUCCAUCGAUCCAGCGAUCUAUCGAUCCAGCCAUCUAACGAUCUAACGAUCCAUUAAUCUAGGGAUCUAACGAGGUGGCGAUCUAACGAUGUAGCAAUCUAACAAUCUAGCGAUCUAACGAUCUAGCGAUCUAACGAUCUAGCGAUCUAACGAUCUAGCGAUCUAACGAUCUAACGAUCUAGCGAUCUAACAAUCUAGCGAUCCAUCGAUCCAGCGAUCUAACGAUCAAGCGAUCUGACGAUCUAAAGAUCUAACGAUCUAAGGAUCCAUCGAUUUUGCGAUCUAACGAUCUAACGAUCUAACGAGGUGGCGAUCUAACGAUCUAGUGAUCUAACGAUCUAACGAUCUAGCAAUCUAACGAUCUAACGAUCCAUCGAUCUAGCGAUGUAACGAUCUAGCGAUCUAACAAUCUAGCGAUCUAUCGAUCUAGCGAUCUAACGAUCAAUCAACCCAUCGAUGUAGCGAUCUAACGAUCUAAGGAUCCAUCGACCUAGCGAUCUAACGCUCUAACGAUCCAUCGAUCUAAGGAUCUAACGAAGUGGCGAUCUAACGACGUAACGAUCUAGCGAUCUAACGAUCCAACGAUCUAGCGAUGUAACAAUAUAGCAAUCUAAGGAUCUAACGAUCUAACGAUCAAUCAGUCCAUCGAUCCAGGGAUCUAACGAUCUAAGGAUCCAUCGACCUAGCGAUCUAACGAUCUAACGAUCCAACUAUCUAGCGAUGUAACGAUAUAGCAAUCUAACGAUCUAACGAUCUAACAAUCAAUCGGUCCAUCGAUCCAGCGAUCUAACGAUCUAAGGAUCCAUCGACCUAGCGAUCUAACCAUCCAUCGAUCUAGGGAUCUAACGAGGUGGCGAUCUAACGAUCUAGCAAUGUAAAGAUCUAACGAUACAUCGAUCUAGCGAUGUAACGAUCUAACGAUCCAUCGAUCUAGCGAUCUAACGGUUUAGCGAUCCAACGAUCUACUGAUCCAACGAUCUAGUGAUCUAACGAUAUAGCGAUCUAAAGAUCCAUUGAUCUAGCGAUCUAACGAUCUAGCGAUCUAGCGAUCUGACGAUCUAACGAUCUAGCGAUCUAACAAUCUAGCGAUCCAUUGAUCUAGCGAUAUAACGAUCUAGCCAUCUAACGAUCAAUCAGUCCAUCGAUCCAGCGAUCUGACCAUCUAAGAUUCCAUUGAAGUAGCGAUCUAACGAUCUAACGAUCCAUCGAUCUAGGGAUCUAACGGUGGAGCGAUCUAACGAUCCAAGGAUCUAGCGAUGUAACGAUAUACCGAUCUAAAGAUCUAACGAUCCAUCGAUCUAGCGAUCUAACGAUCUAACGAUCUAGUCAUCUAACAAUCUAGCGAUCCAUCCAUCUAGGGAUAUAACGAUCUAGCGAUCUAACGAUCAAUUAGUCCAUCGAUCCAGCGAUCUAUCGAUCUAGCCAUCUAACGAUCUAAUGAUCCAUCCAGCUAGGGAUCUAACGAGGUGGCGAUCUAACGAUGUAGCAAUCUAACGAUCUAGCGAUCUAACGAUCUAGCGAUCUAACAAUCUAGCGAUCCAUCGAUCCAGCGAUCUAACGACCAAGCGAUCUAACGAUCUAAAGAUCUAACGAUCUAAGGAUCCAUCGACCUAGCGAUCUAACGAUCUAACGAUCCAUCGAUCUAGGGAUCUAACGAGGUGGCGAUCUAACGAUCUAACGAUCUACCAAUCUAACGAUCUAACGAUCCAUCGAUCUAGCGAUAUAACGAUCUAGCGAUCUAACGAUCAAUCAGUCCAUCGAUGUAGCGAUCUAACGAUCUAAGGAUCCAUCGACCUAGCGAUCUAACGCUCUAACGAUCCAUCGAUCUAAGGAUCUAAGGAAGUGGCGAUCUAACGAUCUAACGAUCUAGCGAUCUAACGAUCGAACGAUCCAACGAUCUAGCGAUGUAACGAUAUAGCAAUCUAAGGAUCUAACGAUCUAACGAUCAAUCAGUCCAUCGAUCCAGGGAUCUAACGAUCUAAGGAUCCAUCGACCUAGCGAUCUAACGAUCUAACGAUCCAACUAUCUAGCGAUGUAACGAUAUAGCAAGCUAACGACCUAACGAUCUAACAAUCAAUCGGUCCAUUGAUCCAGCGAUCUAGCGAUCUAAGGAUCCAUCGACCUAGCGAUCUAACGAUCUAACGAUCCAACUAUCUAGCGAUGUAACGAUAUAGCAAGCUAACGACCUAACGAUCUAACAAUCAAUCGGUCCAUUGAUCCAGCGAUCUAACGAUCUAAGGAUCCAUCGACCUAGCGAUCCAUCGACCUAGCGAUCUAACCAUCCAUAUAGGGAUCUAACCAGGUGGCGAUCUAACGAUCUACCGAUCUAACGAUCUAACGAUCUAGCGAUCUAACCAUCUAACGAUCCAUCGAUCUAGCGAUCUAACGGUCUAGCGAUCCAACGAUCUACCGAUCCAACUAUCUAGUGAUCUAACGAUAUAGCGAUCUAACGAUCCAUUGAUCUAGGGAUCUAACGAUCUACCGAUCUAGCGAUCUAACGAUCUAACGAUCUAGCGAUCCAUGGAUCUAGCGAUAUAACGAUCUAAGAUUCCAUCGAAGUAGCGAUCUAACGCUCUAACGAUCCAUCGAUCUAAGGAUCUAACGAAGUGGCGAUCUAACGACGUAACGAUCUAGCGAUCUAACGAUCGAACGAUCUAACGAUCCAACGAUCUAGCGAUGUAACAAUAUAGGAAUCUAAGGAUCUAACGAUCUAACGAUCAAUCAGUCCAUCGAUCCAGGGAUCUAACGAUCUAAGGAUCCAUCGACCUAGCGAUCUAACGAUCUGACGAUCCAACUAUCUAGCGAUGUAACGAUAUAGCAAUCUAACGAUCUAACAAUCAAUCGGUCCAUCGAUCCAGCGAUCUAACGAUCUAAGGAUCCAUCGACCUAGUGAUCUAACCAUCCAUCGAUCUAGGGAUCUAACGAGGUGGCGAUCUAACGAUCUAGCAAUGUAAAGAUCUAACGAUACAUCGAUCUAGCGAUGUAACGAUCUAACGAUCCAUCGAUCUAGCGAUCUAACGGUUUAGCGAUCCAACGAUCUACUGAUCCAACGAUCUAGUGAUCUAACGAUAUAGCGAUCUAACGAUCCAUUGAUCUAGGGAUCUAACGAUCUACCGAUCUAGCGAUCUAACGAUCUAACGAUCUAACGAUCUAGGGAUCUAACAAUCUAGCGAUCCAUGGAUUUAGCGAUAUAACGAUCUAAGAUUCCAUCGAAGUAGCGAUCUAACGGUCUAACGAUCCAUCGAUCUAGGGAUCUAACGAGGAAGCGAUCUAACGAUCUAACGAUCUAGCGAUCUAACGAUCUAACGAUCUAAGGUUCCAUCGAAGUAGCGAUCUAACGGUCUAACGAUCCAUCGAUCUAGGGAUCUAACGAGGGAGCGAUCUAACGAUCUAACGAUCUAGCGAUUGAACGACCUAACGAUCCAUCGAUCUAGCGAUCUAACGAUCUAACGAUCCAUCGAUCUAGCGAUCUGACGAUCUACCGAUCUAACGAUCUAACGAUCCAACGAUCUAGCGAUGUAACGAUAUAGGGAUCUACAGAUCUAACGAUCCAUCGAUCUAGCGAUCGAACGAUCUAACGAUCUAGUCAUCUAACAAUCUAGCGAUCCAUCGAUCUAGCGAUAUAGCGAUCUAGCGAUCUAACGAUUAAUUAGUCCAUCGAUCCAGCGAUCUAACGAUCUAAAGAUCUAACGAUCCAUCGAUCUAGGGAUCUAACGAGGUUGCGAUCUAACGAUCUAGCGAUCUAACGAUCUAACGAUCUUGCAAUCUAACGAUCUAACGAUCCAUCGAUCUAGCGAUCUAACGAUCUAAAGAUCUAACGAUCUAACGAUCCAUUGAUCUAGGGAUCUAACGAGGUGGCGAUCUAACGAUCUUGCGAUCUAAUGAUCUAACGAUCUAGCAAUCUAACGAUCUAACAAUCCAUCGAUCUUGCGAUCUAACGAUCUAGCGAUCUAACAAUCUAGCGAUCCAUCAAUCUAGCGAUAUAACGAUCUAGCGAUCUAACGAUCAAUCAAUCCAUCGAUCUAGCGAUCUAACGAUCUAAAGAUCUAACAAUCUAAGGAUCCAUCGACCUAGCGAUCUAACGAUCCAUCGAUCUAGGGAUCUAAGGAGGUGGUGAUCUAACGAUCUAGCGAUAUAACGAUCUAACGAUCAAGCGAUCUAGCGAUCUAACGAUCUAACGAUCCAUCGAUCUAGCGAUAUAACUAUCUAGCGAUCUAACGAUCUAGCGAUGUAACGAUCUAACGAUCCAAGGAUCUAGCGAUCUAACUAUAAAGCGAUCUAACGAUCUAACGAUCCGUCGAUCUAGCGAGCUAGCAACAUAGCGAUCUUGCGAUCUAACGAUCUAACGAUCUAGCGAUCUAACAAUCUAGCGAUCCAUCGAUCUAGCGAUAUAACGAUCUAGCGAUCUAACGAUCAAUCAGUCCAUGGAUCCAGCGAUCUAACGAUCUAACAAUCUAACGAUCUAACGAUCCAACGAGGUAGCGAUGUUACGAUAUAGCGAUCUAACGAUCUAACGAUCAAUCAGUCCAUCGAUCCAGCGAUUUAACGAUCUAAGGAUCCAUCGACAUAGCGAUCUAACAAUCCAUCGAUCUAGGGAUCUAAUGAGGUGGCGAUCUAACAAUCUAGCGAUCUAACGAUCUAACGUAGCCAAUGCCAGCAAGAAUGAGACGAAUGAGGAAAAUCGAGUGACAACUUAACGUUGAAUUGGUAGACUUCAGUUUAGACUUUUUACGGUCGGGCUACAUAUUCCCAAAAGAUCGUCUCGAUCGAACGAAUACUAUGACGGGCGGUCAUCCUAGUUUCAAAUGUACCGAGGGGCAGACUUCCGGAUGAAUAGCGUCGGGAGGGCGUCGCACGCUAUUGGGAACAAUACAUCUCCUAACGAAGAAAUAAAGGGGGAACAAUAUAUAUUCUUCAAAACAAAGAUUGUUUGUUAGCUUUCUUUUGAAACAUAUAUAUAAUUAAUUGUUUGUGUGGACGAAUGCAAAGUGAGUGUAUCAUGAUGUAACUUUCAUAAAGACGGCGCAGAAAAAUAGAUUGAGGAAGUAAGAGUCAUCCGACGUUAUUUUUAUAGGAAUGAAACCAAGAUUUAUUGGUACCCAGUACGCAAAACUGUCCAUUACAACAUCUACGAUUGUUGCCCGGGAUGGAUUGGAUACCAGCCUCAAGUUGGAUGCAAAAAGCGUAAGUUCGAAAACUGUGGAUAUAACCCACUGAUAGGAAAACCGUGGAUAUAAAAGGUUUCCAAUCAUAUCGCGCGAUGCGACAUGACAUCACAACACAUCACAUCACAAACGAUCAACUUAUUGGUACUCCUGAGGCAACGUUUUCCCCACAUCUAAGGUAAUGCCAAGACAAACUUGGGAAAAUGCCCACCUACCCCUCCCAUAAGCUAACAUUAACGCUUACUUCUCGUUUAGGGCAAAAUGUUGGCUUAGGGGAGGGGUAGGUGAGUAGUUUCCCAGAGACCUAAAUUGAUCCCUGGAUUCUACGCUAUCGAUUCCGGACUCCUUGUCAGUAAAACUUGGAUUCCGGAUUCCAAUCGUUAGCGGGAUUGCAGCUGACUCGUCUCCAGUCGUCUUCGCGUAACGCUCGCGGCAGGAGCAGGGGGUGAUGGGAAGGAAAAAGAAAUCAAAUCAAAUCUCAUCACACCCCUCGCGCCAUUACGGAGAAAGAGAGAGAAACAACUGGGGACGAGUCGGGGAUUGCAGAUUCCUUGAGCUGAAUUCCGCAUUCCACAAGCAAAACUUCUCACUUUUCGCAAUUCGGGUUACUUUACAAGCGGCGACAUCUUUUAUCGGUACAAUCCAUGGAAGCCUUGCGCAUAUGAGAUUGUCAAAAAGGUUACUGAUUAUCUGGCAUGUUGAGUUUUUGUUUGAAUUUAUUUUAUUUUGAUGUACGUACACCCUGUAGGUAUUCCAUGUGGUGUGGCUAUUCCACAAAAGGCUGCAGUCCAUUGUCAUGAAAGCAGAGGCAAAGAUCUGGUAAAACAACGAGCAAUCUACAAACUUGGUCACGUGAAUAAUCUUCCGUUUCCGAUGAGUGACAUAAACGUGUAUCGUUUGGUAAACCUUACGUUGUCAGAUCCCUUCACUGAAACAUGGAUGAAGUUGUAUGGGUACAUGCUAAAGAAAAACUACGCCCUCAUCCAGAAUUUUCCGCAGAUGAACAAAAAAGAAUUUUCGAAAAUCUCCGACUACGAACAGGUUUAUCAUUUCUUUCUCCAGCAGCAACAGAAAGACGAAAUGGUAAAUAUGGCAAUUUUAUAUUUAUUUACUUUCUCAAAUCAUAUGCGAGAGCCUUUCCAUUAAGGAUUCAAGCUGCCAUAACCAGCGCCUGCCACGAAGGCUCAGUAGCCCCACAAUUCAGGUUUAUAUAUGUUGGUCUUUUGUAAUCCAUUAAAUCCUACAAAUAACACUUAUUGAAUAAGACUGAGUACGAUACGAAGAAUUAUGAAGAUCGCAGAGGAUGUUGUCCACCGAGGCUAAAGAAAUACUUCCCCCGUUUAGUUUCCAUUGUGCAAGGCAGAGCCACUAUGUUCUUUGUUUUAUAUCGAAACUUUUCAAGAGGAUCAAGGCGUAACAGAUAUGUUUAACCAACCGAGAAUAAAGGGAUAUUUCCUCGCUUGAUUUAACUUGAGACAGACUCGCUAUUGUUUAAUAGCAAUAGUCUAUUUUUAAAGAACAAUACCUAGGGUGUGACUUAUUUUUAGACUGCUUGCAUUCCGCCUUUUCUCUUAGAUCCGUCCAGUUCUCAGACGGAGUGAGCGCGGUGUAUGCACUAAAAACGCUUUUAGCCAAAUUGGGACUGGGGCGAGAGGAGAAAAGACGCGUUUUCUCGUUUCCCGCUUUGCCGUUCGCCGCUCGCCCGUCCUACUCCAGGGACUUUGAAGAGAAUAAGAGACUUCUCGCUGUCUAACUUAUUUCAGUAGUUUUUUGGGAAUGUCGCUACAAGAUCGUUAAGACUGCAUCACAGACUCCAUAUUGCCUUCAAGUUCCUUACCGAAAAACUGAGAGCAAAUUCGAGAUCCCUAGCUAGUAAACUUCUGGUAAAAAUUGCAGUAACAGGCUCAUUUUAUAUUUUCUCAUUCCUUCUAUUUCUGUCAGGUUGGCCCGUUCUUCCGAUUUCCUUCCCAAGAAGAGCCUUUCAAAAGUGUAGUGAAUAACGUAACGUGGCGUGAAGACCGUGUGUUCUCUGAGCAGCGUUUAGCCGGCUUGGAUCCCAUGUCACUCACGAAAGUUUCCACGGGUCAAGGUAGGUGACGCCAAAGAUCUUCCAAAAAUAAGAUUUAUACAGGUACUCUAACAUUACUUUAGGGAGCUGUCAUUGAAGUCACGCUAUUGUUCUGAAGCAAUACAACGCAGAUCCGCUCAAGUGUUGACAUUAUUUGGCCACUUGUCUGCGUGGCAGUUUAAUUUGCUGAACAUUCACCAUCUAUUAAAGAUCAACAUCUCAACUAUAACUACAUUGUGAGCCCAUGCAUGUACCUUUUUUCUGGCUCCUUUUUGUUCAUUAGUAGUUGGUCAUAUGACUCCUGUCAACCUAACCUCUCUUUCAAGAGCCAAUCAUUUUCAAGGUUCCAAGGAAAUGUUCGCAUAUAAGCGCACGCAUUCCCUUGUUCACUCCCUCUUCCCAUCACGGCGAUUACCUCCCUGCCGAAAAAAUUUUUCCCUCCCCCAUCCGUCUUAACGUUUAUAAUUUAGUUUAGCCUUUGGGCGAAUUUUUGCCCACCUUUGAUGAAAAUAACAUAUUAUUUAGUAUCAUCAGUGUUCGUUAGAUAAUGCGUCUUUGUUUGACAAUCAAUCAAAUUCGAAGUUUCAUUUUUUUUUAAUAGCAUCAAGAGGAAAUAUAUUUGAGGUAACAUAUUUUUACCAAAAAUUAUUUUCCCCGAGUCAUGGCACGAGAGAAGGGCAAGGAACUUACCAAUCCGAGUUCUAAAGGAAAUUUCGAAAGAUUGCAUGUAGGCAACUAAGGAAGGCCACUUAAACCGUCGUUGAGACUUGAACAAAGAUCUACGUAAGCAUAGAAAGUUGUUCACUACUUCCUUACUUAUGUAGCAAACGUUCUGCAGUGCCAUACGGUUGGUAUUCCAACAGCUAUUUCUGACCCAUAAAUUAACGUUUAUUAACCUUCAACCAAUCAUAGCGUUCACACUUAUUAUAUUCAUUAUUGUUUAAUCCAUAUCGCUGGUGCGACUUUGUCAGAUUCUGUUGGUGUCAAAUGGUCUGCACUGAAGCCGCGCUUGAAUUCAAACUACGACUGGGAUUCUGCUGUAGAGAGAAGCUCAGGGGACAACGUUAAGCUGGAAGAGGCUAUUGCUGCAGGAUCUAUUUUUGUUGUCCAGUUCCCUCUCUUCGACAACCUUGCUACUGUGCCAGACAUCACUGAACCCAGACCUACACGGAAAAUGUGGCCCUCUUUAUCCCCUAUCGCCUUGUUUGUUUCUCGUCCAGGGGAUAAUGGCGAACCUGCGCAGUUGAAACCUGUUGCUAUUCAGCUAGACUUUAAACCAGGUAUGGUCACUGUUUAAGAGGCUACGAACCUGUACUAAAUCAGUAAGUCUCCACUCAAUAGACAAUGAACAGCCUCGUACCCCUUCAAUUUGCUCAGAAAUUGGAGUGACUUUUCUGUUGCGCCUAAUUAAUUACGACAAUUCCUUUAAACAAUUUCUUCAGUAAAGCGAGUGAAAUGCGCAAACACGCAAGAAAUCACCACCCACGAGGCCUAGGAAGAUUACACAAGAUGUCAGGGAGUUUAAAACCAUGAUAUCUUUACUCCCUAAUAUCACUUUUCUCGCGGGUACGAUUUUCAGGAGCUCGCUUUAAUUUCAAGCGCUGUUUUUAAGAAAACAUGGGAUUACUAAUAGCUAGGCCUCCAAACGUUCCAAUCCUGAUUCUGAUUAGGUACCCCAGCUCCCCCAAUUAAACAACAAUAUCUUAAAUAUAUAGUAAGGCAUAGCCUUUGGAAUCAAGGAAGAAGGAAUUAUGCUUAUGCCAUCUUUCAACUGCUUGUCUUUAAUAUUGUGUCUUGUUUUGUACUGCUCUCGAAAGAAAAUGACUGUGAGCUCGAGAAAAACUCGUGAUAACUUCUGUUUUGUAUCACAGACUCCCUUGUUUACUCUCCUGAAGAUGGUGACCUGUGGACUUUAGCUAAGGAGAGUUUCCAAGUCACCAACUUUGCUUACGUUCAGAUGGUGGAACACUUACUGAAAACGCAUCUCAUGUUGGAGCCAUUUUGUGUGUGCAUUUUGAGACACCUGUCAAAACUGCAUCCCCUGCACCAACUCAUGAAGUACCACUGCAGGUAGGAGCUGGCGCAUUUAUGGUGUUGUUUUCAUAUGAUGCCCCAGAGUUACAAAAAUUGUCUUGCCACAAGGCAGGCUAAGGCUUAGGGGCGUAUGCUUAUGGGCGAUAAAAGCAACAGGCGCAGUAAACGCAUCGUGUGAACAGAAAAAUGCGUUCCAUUACUUUGAAAGCCUUACACAGUACAUUUCGAUCUCUCUUAUAAUUUUACAGGAGAGACACAGUUUCUCGAAGGAGAGAAAAGUGGUCAGAAAAACAGAGGACUUUCAAGUUUAUUCUUUUAAGAGGCUCCUCGUUGAUUGAUUUUCCUAAUUUGAUAAUUGCAGGGGUUUACUACCAACUAACAAGGUUGGCUUUCCUAAACUGGUGGAUGACAAAGCAUACAUGCAUCAGUUGUUUGCCAUUGGUAACACCGGAUCAGUAACGCUGUUGCUCCGCGCUUAUCAAACCUUGACAUGGGAAGAUACUGACUUCAGAGCCAGAAACAAGGUGUGUAAAUUCUUCGUUUUUGUCAUCAUGGAGAAUAGAUAAUCAGUGAUAAUCCUUUACAGAAAAAAUAUAGCAAAUAUAUUGAAUUAAAAUGAUGAAUUUUGAAAGUUUUAAAUAUUUGUAGUUAAAAAAGGAAACUUGAAAGGGUAAAAAUCAAACUGACAGAAGUUAUAAUCCAGACUAUUAUGAACCACUCCAUCUGUAUCCAUUGGCAAGAGCUAGGGAUUUAAACAUUGGCACCUUACCACCCUCCAGGCCAUGCUGAGGUCUCUUACAUGGUCAUGAUCAUGACUGUCAUCGUCGUCGUCAACACCACCAGCACCAGCACCAGCACCACCAUCAUCAUCAUCAUCGUCAACAACACCACCACCACCACCACCACCAACACCACCACCAUCAUCAUCGUAACACCACCACCACCACCAUCAUCGUCAUCAUCAUCAUCAUCAUCAUCGUAACACCACCACCACCACCACCACCAUCGUCAUCAUCAUCAUCAUCAUCAUCAUCGUAACACCACCACCACCACCACUACCACCAACACCACCACCAACACCACCACCACCACCAUCAUCAUCAUCAUCAUCAUCGCAACACCUACACCAACAUCACCACCAUCAUCAUCAUCAUCACCGUAACACCACCACCACCGCCACCAACACCACCACCACCAUCAUCAUCAUCGUAGCACCACCACCACCACCACCACCAGCAUCAUCAUCAUCAUCGUAACACCACCACCACCACCACCAUCAUCAUCAUCAUCAUCAUCGCAACACCACCACCACCACCACCACCAACACCACCACCAUCAUCAUCAUCAUCAUCGUAACACCACCACCACCACCAUCAUCAUCAUCGUAGCACCACCACCGCCACCACCACCAGCAUCAUCAUCAUCAUCGUAACACCACCACCACCACCACCACCAUCAUCAUCAUCAUCGUCGUCGUCAACACCAACACCAUCAUCAUCACCAUCACCACCACCACCACCACCACCAUAAUCAUCAUCAUCAUCAUCAUCAACAACAACAUCAUCAUCGUCAUCCUUCUCCCCAUGAUCAUCAACGUUAUGGUCAUCAUCGUCAACAAGUUAUGGGCAGUAAUAAUUUCCCCAUUCGAUAGCUUGGUAGAUAAUACCUCCACGUGUGGAUGUUAUGUGUUAUCGUGUAUAUCACCUUACCGAUUCCUAGUAUCUGGCUCUUUUCCGGCUUGUUUUAUCAGGCUCGUGGGAUUGAUGACCGCAGCAAAUUGCCAUAUUUUCCGUACAGAGACGACGGGGAGAUAAUUUACAAAGCAAUCGAGGAUCUCAUGAAAGACAUAGUUAACUUGUGAGUACAGAUUAAACACCAUACUACUAACACCACCUUGGCCUGUUUCGAACAAGUUGACUUAAGCAACGUUGGGAUUACGAUUUAACGUAAUUUAAUAACGUAGUAUGAUGUUACUUCAGGUAUGUUUCUGAACUUAGUACCCAUUAAGCAGUAUCGUUUGGACUAAACAGAUUUCAAGGAAAUAAAAUAACCAACUACCAUGCAUCUAGUAUAAAGAAACUGAAAGUCAACACAAAAUAAAACUCAAGUUCUAGGCUUCAGGUGACCGUUGAAUAAGCAGAUUUAGAAAAGACUACUUUACAUCAAAAGAAAACGCGAAAUCGCGCGGAAAGGAAUGAACCCGACCAGUUCGGUGUUCAAUUUGCUGCUCUGCUAUUGGCCAAGUCAGUUUUUAGGUCUGCGCGCAGUUGUUAAUUGUGGUCGCGUUAUCCCCUAUUAAUCUGCCUAAUGCUGAAAGUUUUCAGUAUUUCUGGUAAUGACCAAUCACAGACCGCGGUACGCCGUAGAAAUCGUAGGUUAAAGAUAUUUCGGGUAUUAAUGAACUGACUUUUACAUUCAGCUUUUACGCCGCUGACAAGGACGUACUGCAAGAUCACGAAAUCCAAGGCUUUGCUAACGAAAUGUCUGCCCAAGGACUAGGGAGUAAUGGCGGCAAAGGAAAGGUACAAAUAAACUCAGUAAUUUGUUAUUUGCCUUUUAGGGUAAUUUUUUUUCCGGAUUUGAGUUUUAAUUGUCUGAGGAGCGAACUCUAACAAACGCUGAAGUACGAACUUGUUCUAGGCUUUGUGCACUCGAAACUUACAAGCUUUUCAAGAAAAAAAAGUACUUUUCUUUGAGGAAGUACUGGAGAACCUGUUAAAGAAAACUUUCCCAGAAAACGCUAUAAAUGCAAGAACCAUUUUAGGCUAACUUGGACAAAUGCUGAUUCUUAUAUGCGGAUAAUUAAUGAAAAUUGCUAAAAGAAAUUUCUUGUUGGGGUCUUUAUUCCAGCUUCGUGGUUUUCCACCCGCAAUUAACUCCAAGGUGUUGUUGGUAGAUAUUUUUACUCGUCUCAUCUGGACUGCAAGUGCACAGCAUACAGCUGUUAAUUAUCCAAUCGCGGCUUACGGGGCAUUCACGCCGAAUAUGCCCACGAAGAUUUACGACGACGAUCGAGUGGCACCCGAAGUAUUCAACGCUUACCGACUGCCAAACGGAUUUGUGUCGGCAGUAAGUAAAGAAAGUAAAUUUUAACUAAUUUUGGAAUGUAUACCAAACGAUGAUCAAGUAAUUGAUACUUUACAGACUGAGAUUCAUCGAUGGAAUCAAAGCGUUUUCAUCUUUCUUCUGUGUUACCUUGUUAUCUUAGCCUGUGAGUGAGUACGAGGCAGAGGAUGAACUUUCUUUCCUUUUUAUAUAUGCUACAAAAACAUUGGUUGAUGUAAGCAGGGAGGAUUUUCUUAAAACUAGGUCAACCCGUGCAGCGUUGCUUUCACCAACAACAGUUAACUGGUCUAUUCCAGAGACAAAAAUCGCGGGAGGGGGUAUUCCCAUAAAUUUCGUACAGGUGUGUACCGCCCAGGGUACAGGGACCCUGAUCCUAUUUUAGGAUGAAAAAAACGAAACCUGAUACCUUCAAGCCUGAAAAAUAAGACCCAAUUCAGAAAUAAUAACGGUACCCUAUCUAUGGAUCACACCGGGAACUCAACGCCAACAAUGGUGAAAAUGAUAUGUUACCUUUUUACGGAUGGAGACCCUCACAAACCAUACCCUUCAUGGCGAAACAUACCCAUCUAGCCCAUACAUGGCAGUAGCCCCAUCCCUGGGGGACAAACCGGUGCGUGUUCUCCAGUUUUUAAAAAUUGUUUCAUUGCAGGUUCAAGCCGGUGUUGCCAUGAGCUUGGGUUCACUCCGUCUGGAUCGACUCUUCGACUACGGAGCGCGGCUCAGUGAUCAGGCGAGCAAUGUUAUUGUCCUGAAACACUACAAUCGACUACACUCGGGAGUCAAACCCCUCCUGGACAAGAAGAAUAAACAGCGGUUUCAGGAGGGGUACCUCACAUAUCCGUACCUUAGCCCAGCUUGGAUACCUAACAGUAUUUGCACUUAAUAUGAACAACUGAGGGUUUUUGUCGGUAGUAAUAUGUUAAGGGGAAAAUUAAAUAUUAAUCAAGUAGGCCGUAAUCGAUGGAGACAAAAUACGCAAAAAGGUACGAUUUGUCCAAGUAUAGUUUAAAAGAUAUACAGAAAUCCUUUCCUGUAAAUUGAAAGACGGUAGGGAC